AAUGGAGGUUGCGCGGGAUAAUUUGCGAUCGACAUGACACUUUUUAUGGACGAUGUUGCACUAUAAUAGGAAGCAUUCGCACUUAAGUUGAAUGACAAGCUACUAAACGACUACGUGUGUUGAAUGACUCAAUUUGCUACGUCUGUAACUCGCACUCUGACAUUGCAACAGAGAUUGUUUAUGUUUUUACAACAUGUUGAUAUUGACACUGAUUUUAUUAUGACAGCUGACAACACGAUGCUAUCGAUAUGUCUGAGCGAUUUAAAUGGACAUAAUGCAUUGGCAAAUUAACUGAUUCGUUUAUAUUAAUGGUCGAUUGAAACCGUCUAUUAUGAGUGGAAUGAAGCUGGCCUCGGCCGGCGACGACAUCAAACUUUGGGAUGUUGACUCAUCUUUUUCGAUGGUGCGACAGUUUAAUCCUCAUGAUCACAACGUUUCUAAUGUUUGCUGGAGUCACGACAAUAGCUAUUUAUCAAGUGUUUCAAAUUCAAGUGACAAACUUUCAUUGACUGCUGUGAAAAAUUCAUCAGUAUCAAUACUUGAUUUAAAAUUUGUGACUGGGAAAGGUUUUUUGGAUUUCAACUCGACAUCCCGCUACAUUGUCAGUGGAGUCGACCAGGCUAUCAAUGUUUGGGACCUUAAAGUGAGAAGUCUACGCAAAACAUACAAGGGCCACACAGGAAAAGUGACAUGUGCUAAAUUUAACUGGAACGACACGUACAUUGCUUCAGGUUCUGACACAGGGGAGAUAAUCGUGUACAAUGCUGUAUCUGGACAGGGAUGCAGUCCAAUGGUUGCUCCUAAAGCACAGGCGGUUAAGGAGAUCCAGUACAGCCACUUUAAGAAGUCAUUACUCGGCUCAGCAUCGGAUGAUGGUGCUGUCAACCUGUGGGACACGAACACACGUCGCCUCAUCCACAGUUUCAGCGAUGCUCACCGUGCCCCUGCUACUGGCAUCAACUUCUCUCCAAUCAACGCCAUCUUCCUUAUGUCUGUUGGCCUUGACAAACGCAUUAUCUGCUAUGACCUGGAGGGCAAGAAGUAUCCCAAGGUUAUAGUGGCAGAAAGCCCCCUGACCUCUAUUGAUGUGAUGCCCGAUGGUGCCACUGUUGCUGUUGGAUCUACACGCGGCAAAAUAUACAUCUACGACCUUCGACAAGGUGACACGCCUGUCAAAGUCCUGAAUGCCCACAAGUCCUCGGUGCAGUGUCUGCGGUUCACCAACAGUUUACAGACCGAGGCCCUCAGUAAAAGUGCAGCAAAGAUUGCUAGCAGUAAGGAUGUGUCUCCACCAAACAGACGGCAGCUUCCUCAGGCUCCAGCUGAGUCAUCAAACAUCACAGUCGAGGCUACAGACUAUGGUCCUAGGAGGGCUGACAGUGGCGUUCCCGACAAUGACACCUUUUCUCCUGUCAAGGACACCCAUGGAUACAGUGACCGGGAGACGGAACAGAUGUCAAACUCUGGCUCAAAUCUGGGGUCAUUCCUUCAACAGGAAAAUCAGUCGUCAAGUGGUGUAUUUUCCCCUCUCGCUGACGCAGGAACCUUCAGCAACCGGGAAAACAUUGGCAUGUCUCCGCUGUUUACAAAUCACAGUAACAGUAACACUCCUUCCUGGAACACGCCUGCUUCCAACUUCAAUACAUAUGGUCUGCAGACUGUUAAUGGGUCAAGGACACAACAGGAUGGUUACUAUAGCAACAGUAAGUUUUCCUCGCCCCCUGGAAUGGGUACAUCAUCCAGUGCCAACCAUGUUGAUCCACACAACAUUCAGGACAGUGCCAUGUUGUCAAAUGGAGGGAGUCCAUAUUUACAGAAUGGUAUCUCUAGGUCAGAUAUCCAAGGUCAGGGGCCAGUUUACCAAGGUCAAACUGGUGUGUACAGGUCUAGUACGAGCCCUUCCCACCCAACCCCCUCACAUGUAGGGGCAGAGGUUCCCCCCAGGGUCAGUCCCUCUCGCCCUACUGGAAUAAGUGCCUCACCAAGCAUUCCUGUGUUAAACCUUGAUGACUCUCCAGGAAGUUGUGCAGGGGCAGAUAACUCUGGAGCAAAACAAUUUCCCUCACCAGAGGGCGUGAAUGCUGUGACUAGUGUGUACACUUCAUCAAUAGAUACAACCUCACAGAACCUGUCAAACAGGGGUAAGAGUUCGUAUAAUCUGGCACACAGGAGUCAGAGUUCACAUGAUCAAGCACACAGGGAUCAGAGUUCAAAGGACAUUUUACGUGGGAGUUAUAGUUCACAAGAUCAGGUAUAUGGAGGUCAAAGUUCGCAAGAAGGUCAAAAGUUGGAAAUGGCGCCACAGGCGAUACCAUCUGGAAACUUUCAGACACAGGUGCUACGAAAUCUAAUACGCGAGGAGCUUGAGGACUUUUAUGACCAGAUGCACAGAGAAAUGCAGAAUCUACAGGUGGAGAUGAUCCGUCAAUUCCAGAUUCAACAGAAUGAGGUGAACAGCUUGCUGCAGCAUUACUCUGUAAACCAGGACUUGGUGGCCGAGGUAGAGAAACUACGCGAGGAAAACAAACGACUCAAGAAACAUUUCUGAUGUCUUACAAAUUUGUAUGAAAACAAGAGAAUCGACAAACACUUAUAGCAUUACGAUCUCCUUAAGGGCGAAAAAAGACUGAGACACAUUUACGAUGUCCUGAUAGGUGCCUUCAUUAUUCAUAUUAACACACAACAUUCUACUGCAUCAACUCAAGUCUUUAUGUUUAGAUAUAGCAUGUCUCACAAAUGUAUUUUGAUGUAUUGUUAAAGCAAUUGAUUAUAAAUUUGUUAUUUAAUACAGAAAUGAAUUCAGAUGAUUGCAACAGUUCUUUCUUUUCUGAAAUAUAUAAUGUGAAAGAAAAAAAUUAAAUAUAAACAGUAGUAACUUGAGUUAUAUUAAUCUCUUUUAAAUGGAUUGAUGAUACAACUGUGUAUCUAAAUUUCAAUAUUUAAACAACUGUCAAACAAGUAUAUUACCUUAUCAUGUUGACAUGAUCAAACAAAAUUGUUUCAGAAAAUCCAUUGCAUUUGUUUAUAUAUACAUAUUUUUAUGCUCAAAUUCAUUUCUUUCUGGCUCUUACCUAAAUGUAAAAGUGGAAAUAUUUGUAGUGUGAAAAUGCUAGCUUUUUUGCGUCAAGUUAAAUAGCGUGAAAUAUAUCCACAUGUGAGUAUUUGUUUAUGGAUUAUAUUGGUAUAUCAGAUCCAUUGCCAAUGUGAAAAUUUCAACACUGCGAUCAGUUUUACUUAUUCACCCCUGAAAUUUCAUAUGAAUUAUUCCAACCUAUGAACUUGAAGAGUUCAAAUGUGUCUUCAAGGGUGAGUGAGUUAAAGAGCCGCAAUUUGAGCAUUUUCACAGGCGAAUACUUCUACAGUAUUUGGAAUGUAUCAACUUUCCUGUCAAUUUCCAAAUGCAAUCAUUUACAAAUUUAACACGACGAGAAAAGAAUCAUCAUUUGUAACUAUGAUGUUAUAAUCACUGUUUUUCAAUACAAGUUGUUGUGUUAACCCCUGGAUAUCGAGGAUGAGAGCAUAGGCAGAGCUUAACCACUGGAUAUCGAGGAUGAGAGCAUAGGCAGAGCUUAACCCCUGGAUAUCGAGGAUGGUUAUUUAUAAGAAUGUCUAGAUAUUUUAGUGUUGAAUUUGAUUUGUGUAUUUGGGCAGCAAUGAACAUAUGAAAUCAGUUAGUAUUUUGGCAAUGUUUGAAUUACCUGUAAUAUAAUCAAGCAUUGAUCACAUAGCCAAAUUAUUAUUAAUUUGUGUACAAAUAUUUAAAUAUUUAUGAAAUCAAAAUAUGAAAGCAGACCAAAGGACUAUGAAUGCAUGGUUUGGGCCUUUUUUGGCCCCCUAAU